AUGCUCAAAUCAUAUACAGUAUGGCUACGAAUAGCCAAGCCCCCCCCAAAGAACACCACCGAUGUCAAUGCCAAAGUCUCCCAGAACUCUUUUGGGCUAGCAACCCCAGAAGCAACACCCGCUGUCGAAGAUGGUAGAAUUGCGGCCGACAAGGAGAGGAUGGCCGCAGCAAUGCGCCAGCUCCUUGAACCUUCCUCGUCCAGCUCGGCGGAGACGAGGGAGCAGGUAACCGAUGCAGCCGACAAUAACGCCAAUGAUGAAAUAGACGUAGAGAUCAAACGUAUUAUGCAUUGCUUUGAUAGCUCAUAUGCCGAGAUCUUGGGAGUUAAUCCGAACUCUCCCGAGAAGGAAGUCGUAGCUGCCUGGAGACACCCAGGAUGCAUGUUGCACCCCAAGUUUGUUAAACACCCUAAUGUGGAGGCAGUAUUCAAGACCAGAAAGAUGGGUUUGGAUGAUCUUAACAUCAACGAAAUCAUGUACUGGGAUGGUGAGGAACAGUUUGACGCUUCUGGACCCGAUACAGCUAUGAACGAGAAUGUUAUUCUCAUCCCGUCUCAACGUAUGACUAAUGUUUACAGCGAGGCAACGCCUCUAUUCUAUCGUUUGGGGCAAGACUUCUCCGAUCCAGUUUUGCUCGAGCAGCUAUACCGCCUAAACGCUAAGAUUAUGAUAGCAAACCGGGCUGAGAACAUUGAAGAAAACCAGUGGACCAUUCCCGGGGCUGCUUUCUUCGGUUCUCACUACAAUGAGGCAGGGCAGAGAUAUGAGAUGCUCCGGAACGAUCCAGCAAACGAGAAGAGAGAUUCAGAUGCUACUAGAAGUGGGAUCAAGAACAAGGCCCAGGCGGCUGCUAAAGCUUCUGCAGCGGCCGUAGAUGCCCAUGCUCUGGCCAAAACAUACCUACAGAGUAUUACCGAGACCAAAGAUAAGUUGGAGGGCCUCGACGACACCACUGUAGCCAGAGUUGAGGAAGCCGAGCAGGCCAUCAUUGCGGAAGUUGCCAAUGCUCUUGCCGCAAUGGAGAUAGCAAAGGCUUCCGCGGAAAAGGCUUCUCUGGCUUCAAGCAUGCAAGACGCUACUGAAGCCCUGGAAGCUGCUGAGGCCGCAUACACAACGGCCGCUGAGGCUACCAAGGCAGCAAACCUGGCCAUGGAUGAAGCCUUGAGCCUCGUAGAUGCCGCUGAGUCGGCAGCAAACUCUUCACAAAGCUCCAUAGAGUAUCCAUGGACUACAACCCUGGCCGCGGAUGGAUCCCUCAUUAUAGGUGUACGAAAACAGGGCGCAACCGGGACUCAGAUCCUGACCACUACGAGCCUAUCCAAGGUUCUCGGCCGAUCUAGUGCUGCAGCCGAGAUCAUGAGGGUCUGUGAAAGAGAUGGUAUUCAGCCACCUAGUGAAGCUGGCUGGGUCAGUCACUAUUACGACCCAUCAAAGGUAGAGAAAGAUCCUGUCCGUCGAAGGGCCUUGCGAGAUUCUCAAGCAAUAACGCCCUCAGAUAACCAUCUUGGCCGCCAAAGACAGAGCCCAGGUGCAUUCUCAGAGGCAGAGAGUCGUAUGGUCCAGCAACUGCAGGACAAAGUCGAGAACCUCGAAAACCAAAUGAAGGACAGAGUCGAAAACCUCGAAAACCAAAUGAAGGAUAUGAAGGAUAUGACGAUCAAGAUGGAUCAAAACAUGGCGGCAUUGAUGGGAAUGUUCAAGGAGUUUAUGAGAGCCUCUGCUACCACCUCCUAA